UUAGUUUAUCCUUUUCCCUUUCUGCGAAUUGAGCAUUUGUGGAACCGUUUGAUCUGAGUUUCGGCGCAUUUUCACUGUCCCAACCUAGGGUUUCCUGCUUGGUUUCUGAAUUCCCCAAAUUUAGCGGAGUAUAUUUAGUGUCUUCAUGUCAUUUGCAGACUCGUAUGUUCCUUUUGAUCGAUUGGGUAUCGUUUUGCUUUCAACUGAUCAUCUAAUCGGGUUAUGAUACUAAGGAAUUCUGUAAUUUCGAUUCAGGUUCGACAUAUGAAUAUUGUUCUUCAUUGCUGGAGUGAAAUUCGCAAUCCGCACAAAUCAAAUUCCCCGUUGAUUUGUAAAUAAGGCAAGUAGAAGGUAGAGGAAAUGGAGACUGCCAGAUCUUGGCUGAAUAAGUUAAAGUCUAAAGACAAGGUGAAGCCCUCGAAAAAGAAGGAAACUACGAGUAAUGUAAAGGAGUGCUCGAAAGCAGCCGGUGAGGAAGCACUGUCAAGUGUAACUAAGCAGAAGGCUGAAGCUGCGAAACAGUAUAUUGAGAAUCAUUACAAAAAGCAAAUGCAGAGCCUGCAGGAAAGAAAGGAGCGGCGGAAUAUGCUAGAAAAGAAAUUAGCUGCUGCUGACGUCUCAGAGGAGGAGCAAAACAACUUACUGAAGGAUUUGGAGAAGAAAGAAGCUGAGUAUAUGCGGCGUCAGAGACAUAAAAUGGGAGCUGAUGACUUUGAGCCAUUGACAAUGAUUGGGAAAGGCGCUUUCGGAGAGGUUAGGAUCUGCAGGGAGAAGGCUACUGGACAUGUAUAUGCAAUGAAGAAACUGAAAAAGUCUGAGAUGCUUCGCAGAGGCCAGGUGGAACAUGUGAAAGCAGAGAGAAAUUUACUUGCAGAGGUUGACAGCAAUUGCAUUGUCAAACUGUAUUGUUCUUUCCAAGAUGAAGAAUACUUGUAUCUAAUUAUGGAGUACCUCCCUGGUGGGGAUAUGAUGACAUUACUAAUGAGGAAAGAUACACUUACUGAGGAUGAGGCCAGAUUUUAUGUUGGAGAGACUGUCUUGGCUAUCGAGUCCAUUCAUAAGCACAACUAUAUCCACAGAGAUAUCAAGCCUGAUAAUCUGCUACUUGACAGAAACGGGCACAUGAAAUUAUCGGAUUUUGGAUUAUGUAAACCACUAGACUGUAGUAAUCUCCAGGAAAAGGAUUUCUCGGUCACACAAAACCUUAGCGGGGCUCUCCAAAGUGAUGGUCGUCCUGCUGCACCAAGACGCACCCAACAAGAACAACUGCAGAACUGGCAGAGAAAUAGAAGGAUGCUUGCUUAUUCUACUGUUGGAACUCCUGAUUAUAUAGCCCCAGAAGUACUUCUGAAGAAAGGAUACGGCAUGGAAUGUGAUUGGUGGUCUCUUGGUGCCAUUAUGUAUGAAAUGCUUGUGGGCUAUCCUCCAUUUUAUUCAGAUGAUCCAAUGACAACAUGUAGGAAGAUAGUAAACUGGAGAAAUUAUCUGAAGUUCCCAGAGGAGGCCAAACUAUCAUUGGAAGCCAAGGAUCUUAUCAGCAGACUAUUAUGCAACGUUGAACAAAGGCUUGGAACUAAAGGACCAGAUGAAAUCAAGGCUCACCCCUGGUUCGGAGGUGUCGAGUGGAACAGAUUGUAUCAAAUGAAAGCCGCCUUUAUUCCCCGAGUCAAUGAUGAGUUGGACACCCAGAAUUUUGAAAAAUUUGAAGAGACUGACAAUCAAGUUCCAAAAUCGGCAAAGUCGGGUCCAUGGAGGAAGAUGCUCUCAUCCAAGGACAUGAACUUUGUGGGUUAUACUUACAAGAACGUUGAAAUCGUAAAUGAUGACCAGUUAUCAGGGAUGGCUGAGCUGAAGAAGAAGAGCACAAAGCCAAAGCGACCAUCAAUCAAAUCCCUCUUUGAGGACGAAUCAUCAACCACCACCCACCAUGGGAGCUUCUUGAAUCUCUUGCCACCGCAAAUAGAAGAAGUUCCCGAGAAAGAAGAGGGUAAGUCCAGUUCUUCUGGUUGA